GACCGCAGCUUCCGGUACUGGCGGUCCAGUCGAGCUCAUUGACGAUGACAGCUAAGAAGUCUGGCUCUCGUCUGGAGACCGAGAUAGAGCGAUGUCGGUCGGAGUGUCAGUGGGACAAGAUACCGGAGUUGGUGCGGCAGCUUUCGACCAAACUUAUAUCCAACGAUGACCUAGGUGAGCUUCUUUUAGGAGAAUGCAAACUCCAGACGUACUUGAAGGAGAAUCCCAUCAAACAGGGAUCCAGUCCAAGAGGACCAAGACCCAAACUAGUGGAGGUCAGGAAACACCUCACUGCUGCUCUGGACAGAGGAAACCUGAAGCCGGACUACAUGCAGGAAGGAAGUCUGCUCAUGGCCAAACUGUGCUACGUGGAGGGAGAAUAUCAAGAUGCGUUAGCUAGCUAUAACAAAGUGAGUCUUGAUGACAUGCAGCUGACUGGUGCUCCAGUUUAUCGUCUUUCCAUGAUCGCUGAAGCCUAUGCUACGAAAGGACUGUGUUUGGAGAAAGCGCCAGCACUGUCUCCUUCUUUCUCCAACAAGAACACUGGGUCACCUGCGUCGCAUAGAAGCACCAGCAACCAGGAGCAGGAAAUAAUCAACUGUUAUGAAAAGUCUGGGGACAUCGCUCUGCUGUACCUGCAAGAGGCAGAGAAGGCACUGUCUGUCGGAAUCCAGAACCGCAGUCCAAAGCCUGGUCCAGCCUCACAGGAGCAGGAACUGGGUUACUUCCUUGAGACGGGCCUGCAGCGAGCCCAUGUCAUUCACUUCAAAAACGGCAACCUCACUCAGGGUGUCGGCCGGUUUCGGGAAAUCCUUCGAGCAGUGGAGACCAGAACGACUCAGAACUUGCGUAUGACCAUUGCAAGGCAGCUGGCUGAGAUCUUACUGAGGGGAAUGUGUGAGCAGAGUUACUGGUCUCCUCUUGAAGACCCCCCCACUGUCUCACCCCUGGAUGACCCCACGCAACAAGGGCACGCUCACACUAAAGCCUACCGCCUCAGCCGCCACGCACGAGUCUACUCUGGAGAGAAACUAUUCUGCCCACAAGAGAACACAGAAGAAGCUCUGCUGCUGCUUCUCAUCAGUGAGUCCAUGGCCAACCGCGACGCCGUUCUGAGCAGAAUCCCUGAACACAACAAUGACAGAAUCAUCAGCUUGCAGUCUGCUUCCGUGGUCUAUGACCUGCUGACCAUCGCUCUGGGCAGAAGAGGGCAGUAUGAGAUGCUAUCAGAGUGUUUGGAACGAGCCAUGAAGUUUGCCUUCGAGGAGUUCCACUUGUGGUACCAGCUUGCUCUGUCUCUGAUGGCUGCUGGAAAAUCAGCUCGAGCUGUAAAAGUACUCAAAGAGUGCAUUCGACUGAAGCCGGACGACCCAACUAUCCCACUGCUGGCUGUCAAACUGUGCAUCGGGCCGCUGCACUGGUUGGACGAGGGCGAGUGUUUCGGAAAGAUGGUGAUCGACAUGGGAGAGAAGGCUGCAGAGUUCAGAGCUAAAGGAUACCUGGCCAUCGGACUGGUUUAUAGCCUCAAAGCCACUGAUGCGUCUUUACGAAGUGUUCAGGAGGAGUACCAGAGGAAAGCUUUGGGAGCCUUUCAGAGGGCCCAGAAUUUGUCACCCACAGAUCAUCUGGCAGCUUUCUACUUGGCACUUCAGCUGGCUGUAUCGAGACAAAUUCCCGAGGCGCUUGGCUAUGUCCGCCAGGCGCUGCAGCUUCAAGGGGAUGACGUUCACUCCCUUCACCUGCUGGCACUGCUGCUGUCAGCCCAGAAACACUACCAUGAUGCUCUGAACAUCAUCGAGAUGGCCCUGUCAGAGUACCCGGAGAACUUCAAUCUGCUGUACACAAAGGUGAAGCUCGAGAGCAUGUGUCGGGGGCCAGAAGAAGCACUGCUCACCUGUAAACACAUGCUGCAGAUCUGGAAGAGCUUCUACAACCUCACCAACCCGAGUGACUCGGGCCGAGGCAGCAGCUUGUUGGAUCGAGCCAUUGCAGACCGACGACAACUCAAUGCCAUGACUCUGCCAGACUUCAGUGACCCUGAGACCGCCUCAGGGUCUUCGUCCUCACACUCUGGUUCAGAGCAGAUCUCCCCCACCUCCCCUUCCACCCUCUCCACCCUUUCUUCCCCUUCCUCUCCUGUCUUCAUCCUUCAGCCACCUCCUUGCAAAAAGCCCUCUUUCCUCCCACAUCCUCCUCCUGCGACCCCCAAGACAAGGACUCACUCCUUUUGCAACCACAUUGUUUACCGCCAGCUCUCCUCCUCUAGUGGCAUUCAGGAAGCUAACACUCUUGGUUUUUCCUCCAUGUUUUCUGUUUGCUCAGUUCAUGCCACGUCCAUCGCAGCCAGCCGGGUGGAGCAGGCACUGUCUGAGGUGGCCUCCUCCCUGCAGAGCAGUGCGCCCAAACACGGACCCCUGCACCCCUGGAUGACCUUGGCGCAGAUCUGGCUGCAUGCUGCUGAAGUUUACAUCAGCAUGUCCAAACCUGCCGAGGCGACGGCCUGCACGCAGGAGGCGGCCAACCUCUUCCCGACAUCCCAUAAUGUUUUGUACAUGAGGGGGCAGAUCGCAGAGCUGAGGGGAAACAUGGACGAGGCCAAGCGCUGGUAUGAAGAAGCUCUGUCAAUCAACCCCACACAUGUGAAGACCAUGCAGAGGCUGGGUCUGAUUCUGCACCAGCUGCAGCGCUACAGUCUCUCAGAGAAAGUUCUCAGAGACGCGGUGCAAGUGAACAGCACGGCACACGAUGUGUGGAACAGCCUGGGAGAAGUCCUGCAGACUCAGGGAAACGCUGCAGCUGCCACCGAGUGUUUCCUGACCGCUCUGGAGCUGGAGGCCAGCAGCCCCAUUCUGCCCUUCACCAUCAUUCCCAGGGCACUAUGAGACACCCGCCACUGCACAGCUGCCACACCCACAGGUCACGUGUACAAACUUGAGCCCAUUAUGCCUUGCUGUGGUUGUAACAUAGUUUCGUCUCGAAUGAGGCGCCUCACUGUCAGUGUGUUUGUGUGUGUGCAAUAAAGUGUGUCACCAACAGAACACACAUUUUCAACACUAGUGUGUUUCCAACAAACCCAAUGUUGCUGUUCAACUGUAAUGUUACUGUAAAGCCGACGGGCAUAACCAAUGGAUCACAGAUGUCUGUUCGCCUAACUCCUUUCACAUGACAAUGCCAACCUUUUGUGACUUCAAAUCUCAAGAACCCUGCUGUUUUUGUCAAUUCAUUUCUUCCUGCUUCUGAUCAAAGUUUAUAGAAAUGGCUUUAUCAGAUUUUUAAUUAGAAUUCGUCAUCCAUAUUUGAGGUCAGUAUUUACACCUGCAGAUGUAAUUAAAUUGAAGUAGCCACGGUGAUGUCAAACAUUUCUUUGUUACAAAACCUUGCAUGCAUUUUGUUUAUGUCACGUUGUCAUCAUGAAAAGUUGAUGAAAAAUGCCAAAAUACUUCUUGAUAAACGCUGCCAUGUACUGUCACGUCCUGAUUGAUCUCUCUCACUAUAUAUAAAUAUGUUGUAUAUUGGAUUCCUUCUGUGUGUUAUGAAUGUUUUAUUUUUAGAACCUAAAUUAUGAUUCUAUUUUCUGCUGAGUCAUGUUACUGUUAUGCUGAAUAAUGACAAU